AUGACGUUUCCUCUUGAAUAUGCGUUUCAGAAAGAAUUCUACAGAUCCUUCUAUACUGUCGUGGAUGGAAGUGUCAUGAUAUCGCCGGAAUACGUUGUGAAGAGAGGUAAAUGCGGAGGGACAAUAGACUUUCUAGUAUCGAGCAAAGGGUUGGGUUUCGAGUUGUUGCGCAAUCGCGACAAAAUCGUUGAGCACAUGAACCGGUUCGAGGUUGGCGGAGCGUAUUACCACUUGAUAGAUACCAGGGUUAUGCAGAAGUACAUCGUGCUCGAUUUCACCUGCAUGAUGCCUCAUAAACAACGUCCAGAGUACCAAGCACACCUCUACCAUGCAGUUUUCAGUGACGGGUUCGGAAACGUGAGUAUAGUCGGUACGUCCAAUCUUGAAGUAGUGGAUCGUUUCACGCUCCUGGAAAAUUCUGAUCCUCUGUAG